UUGACUUUUGCUUCGAUCAACAUUAAUUGUUGUUUUGAAGAUAGUUUGCUAAAAUCCUACGAUCACUUACCUACUCAGUGUUUAUUCUUUGUUCAUAACAAUAAGAAUAAAAACGUUGUUUAAAUAAGUUUCUUCAAUAGAAUACUAUUUUUUAAUUUUAUAAAUGGCAGAUGAGGAGUACGAAGCCGAUGAUGGUGGUGCAGAUUAUGACGACAUUGCAGAAGAAGAUGAUAACAUUGAAGAAACAGAAGAACAGGAAGAAGAUGGCUAUAAUGUGCAAUGUCUGGCUUUGGGACAGGCUGGCGGUGGAGUUGACAAAUCUAAACGUAUAACUACUCGGUACAUGACCAAAUAUGAGCGCGCGAGAGUUUUAGGAACCAGAGCUUUGCAAAUAGCAAUGUGUGCUCCUGUCAUGGUGGAACUUGAAGGAGAAACUGAUCCAUUACAAAUAGCCAUGAAAGAGUUGAAGCAUGGUAAAAUUCCCAUCAUAAUUCGAAGAUAUUUACCGGAUCAUUCAUAUGAAGACUGGAGCAUAGAUGAACUCAUAAUCAUAGAUCAAUAAAAUUAAUUAUAAAAUAUGUUUACAUUAAGAAAUCUUUCUAACUUUUAUAAAUUAUUUUACAUUUCAAAUUUGAAUUCAAUCUCAUCAUCAUAAAAGUAAAUUAGGUAUUGAAACUCAAAUAUUUACUGUUGAUUGAGAGAUUGAAUUUUUUAAAUAAAUAAAAAUAAAAAAUAAAAAUGUGUUUUUAUAGAAGACCUAAGCUGAUCAAAGUUUGAGAGUAACCUUUCUAUAAUUUUAAUUGGCUAUAUUGAUCUGAUGAGAGAGGAUUUGCUGGGUGCAAGCAGUGUAGGACCGAUCGUUGUGAGAGAUCAUGCGAGGCUUGGGGGAAACUUAUGUCCAGCAGUGGGUUGAUAGAUACUGAUCUGCACAUUUUGCAAUUUAUGAAGUAUUGUAAUAUGAUUAGAAAGAGGGAGUUAUGGUAUUUCUUCAAAUAAAAAUAAUGAUAAUUAAAGAAUUAAAUGUAAAUGUGUUUUCUCGUCGGAGCCUCGGAUGUGACUAUUUAAGUAUUGCCCUUAUUAUUUGCUCAGCUGCUUACUUCGUCAAAUAUUCAAUAUAUCACGUUUGAUGUGGUUAAGGGCUGUUUAUAAUCUUAUAAGUUUUUCAGGGGCUUUUUACUUAUAUUGUUUUGAGAGUGUCUAAAUAAAUA